ACAGGUGUGUGUCAAGAAUGGUUACCGUGCCUUUGUAAUCCACCCGGGUCUCGGCAUUAUAGGUUUUGAAGAUGAGUUUCCAAAGCGUAUUUAACACUUCAUCUGGAAGUUUUAACAAGACAACCUUAAUCAAUUUUGAUUUCUCUGCUUGGCUAAAAAAUUCAAAUAUUUCCUUUAGCGAUUUGAGCGUAUUACCAGACAUCUCUACAACUGAACGAGUGGCGAAGAUCACAAUGUACGCGGUGGCCAUACUCUUAGCAUUGACAUUGAAUUCUCUUAUCAUUAUUGUUAUCAUCAGAACAAAAAGUCUGCGAACAAAGUUUAACCUGUACGUCGUGAACAUGGCUAGUGUAAACAUUCUUAUUUCUCUCACCUGUAUGUGGCUGCACGUGGUCACCAACCUCAACCCCACCAAAUGGCCACUCGGCUCUUUCUUCUGUAAGAUCAACACUUUUUUACAAGUGUUGGUGGUGACAGUGUCUGUUUUCACAUUAACUGUGAUAGUCGUAGACAGAUUCUUUGCUACACUUUAUCCCAGAUGUCUAGUCAUCACACAGGCACACCAGGUCACAUCGAUUGUCUUUAUAUGGAUAUCCGGGGCCCUUCUGGCUUUGCCAUGGUUACUGUAUUCCCGUUUUGUUGAAUACGACUGGCCGGGAGGCCAUGGAGUUCUGUGCCAGGCACAUUUCCCGUCCAAGGAUUUCCGUAAGGCCUACAUUACAGCCUCCGUCGUUGUCGGUUAUGUACUUCCAAUCAUCAUCAUGUUUGUCCUCCUCAUUGUAACGAUGAUGAAAUCAGCACCGCCAAAAGUACCAGCGUUAGAAGAAAGAAAGACAUUUGACCAUACGAGACAAAAGGCAGUGACGAUGAUAAUGACAGUGCUGUUGGUAUUGUUUCUGUGCUGGAGUCCUCCACAGUUUGAGAGACUCUGGGACGUGUACCGUUACAAAGGUCCCGGCGCAAAGUUGCCGAAGGGUAUACACGCCAUGACCUACGCAUCCUUCUACAUCGCCUACUUCAGCUGUUGUAUUUACCCCAUAGUGUACAUAGGCUUCAACAAUUGCUUCCGUCACGCUGCCGCGAACUUCCUCUGCAGAAGAUCAGCUUUGUCAGCCACGUCAGUACUUCCCGACGAACCAGGUCCAAGUCGCUCAACUAGUGAUCCAGGUUCCCUGAAGCUACAGAAAAAUCCCGACAAUGAUUGUUUCACAGAGAUGUCAACCCCGUAAUGAUGAUUCCACAGCCAGUGCGGUAUUGGUGUGGCAACCAAUUAAAUUCCGUCCUUGUUCAAAUUUGUGUUUAAAUGACUUCGGGCUAGUUUGUAUGAUGAGUAUACAAUCCACACAUUUCCUCGUCUCAUGUAUAAUAAACUUUAUCCUCAUUUAUUGUAUAACUAAACAUCCAUUUAUUGUAUAACUAAACAUCCAUUUAUUGUAUAACUAAACAUCCAUUUAUUGUAUAACUAAACAUCCAUUUAUUGUAUAACUAGGCAUCCAUUUAUUGUACAACUAAACAUCCAUUUAUUGUAUAACUAAACAUCCAUUUAUUGUAUAACUAAACAUCUAUAUGAUGCAUUACUAGACAUCCAUUUAUUGUAUAACUAAACAUCCAUUUAAUGUAUAACUAAACAUCCAUUUAUUGUAUAACUAAACAUCCAUUUAUUGUAUAACUAAACAUCCAUUUAUUGUAUAACUAAACAUCCAUUUAAUGUAUAACUAAACAUCCAUUUAUUGUAUAACUAAACAUCCAUUUAUUGUAUAACUAGGCAUCCAUUUAUUGUAUAACUAGGCAUCCAUUUAUUGUAUAACUAAACAUCCAUUUAUUGUAUAACUAAACAUCCAUUUAUUGUAUAACUAAACAUCUAUAUGAUGUAUUACUAGACAUCCAUUUAUUGUAUAACUAGGCAUCCAUUUAUUGUAUAACUAGGCAUCCAUUUAUUGUAUAACUAGACAUCUAUAUGAUGUAUUACUAGACAUCCAUUUAUUUAUCACAAGACAUCCAUUUAUAGUAUAAAUCGGCAUCCAUUUAAUGUAUAAAUUGGCAUUAUUUGAUGUAUAAAUGGGCAUCCAUUUAAUAUAUAUCUAGGGAUAAAUUAAAUGUAUUACUAGUUAUUCAUUUAUUGUAUCACUAGGCAUCCAUUUAAUGCAUAUCUAGGCAUUCAUUUAUUUAUCACUAGGCAUCCAUUUAUUGUAUUACUAGGCAUCCAUUUAUUGUAUAACUAGGCAUCCAUUUAAUGUUUGACAAGGCAUCUAUUUUCAAUUCUGAAAGCUGGUGGUGCAAAUCAAAAAUCUACUACUUGAGAUAACAAAAUAAUUAUACAAAAUUUCCUUAUUCAGAAAUAGUUUCUGAGAUAUUACAUAUUUAUCUUGUUUAUUUGUAUCCAAUGUAUAGCGUGAGUAAUCAUACGAUAGUGACAGACCUCGUGGUUAAACUACAUUAUUCAAACGCUUCAUUGACAUGAUAUACAUUGUAUUCUCUCAUCCCUGCCGGUAUCAUACUGGUCUGUCCAGGUAAAUACACCCAUGCUUGCUGUGUGUGUAUUACCUCGCUUCCAG